GAGCAUUAGACACCGGAGGGGGCACCUGGGACCAACUUCACGAAGCGGGGAGCCCGGCGGGGGGGCUUGGGGGAGCAAAAGACCCGCGGCCUCAGCCCCUCCAAAGAACCGGGAGAUGACGGGGAAAGCGGGGGAAGCGCUGAGCAAGCCCAAAUCCGAGACAGUGGCCAAGAGUACCUCGGGGGGCGCCCCGGCCAGGUGCACAGGGUUCGGCAUCCAGGAGAUCCUAGGCUUGAACAAGGAGCCUCCCAGCUCCCACCCGCGGGCUGCCCUCGACGGCCUGGCCCCUGGGCAUUUGUUAGCUGCGCGCUCCGUUCUCAGCCCGGCAGGAGUGGGCAGCAUGGGGCUGCUGGGGCCCGGGGGACUUCCCGGCUUCUACACACAGCCCACCUUCUUGGAAGUGCUGUCCGAUCCGCAGAGCGUCCACUUGCAGCCACUAGGCAGAGCGUCGGGGCCGCUGGACACCAGCCAGACGGCCAGCUCCGAUUCCGAAGAUGUUUCCUCCAGUGACCGAAAAAUGUCCAAAUCGGCUUUAAACCAGACCAAGAAGCGUAAGAAGCGGCGACACAGGACAAUCUUUACUUCCUACCAGCUAGAGGAGCUGGAGAAAGCAUUCAAUGAAGCCCACUACCCAGAUGUCUACGCCCGGGAGAUGCUGGCCAUGAAAACGGAGCUCCCAGAAGACAGGAUACAGGUGUGGUUCCAGAACCGCAGAGCCAAGUGGAGGAAGAGGGAGAAGUGCUGGGGCCGGAGCAGCGUCAUGGCUGAGUAUGGUCUCUAUGGAGCCAUGGUGAGGCACUCGAUCCCCCUGCCAGAGUCUAUCCUCAAGUCUGCCAAGGAUGGCAUAAUGGAUUCCUGUGCCCCAUGGCUACUGGUUCAAGAUGGCUUUCCCAGGCGCUUUUCUAAACCCGAAUACCAACAAUUCUUUUUAGGGAUGCACAAAAAGUCGCUGGAGGCAGCAGCUGAGUCGGGAAGGAAGCCCGAGGUGGAACGCCAGGCCCUGCCCAAGCUCGACAAGAUGGAGCAGGAGGAACGGGCCCCAGAGGCCCAGGCAGCCAUCUCCCAGGAAGAACUGAGGGAGAACAGCAUUGCCGCCCUCCGAGCCAAAGCUCAGGAACACAGCACCAAGGUUCUGGGGACUGUAUCUGGGCCUGACAGCCUGGCCAGAAAUGCUGAGAAGCCAGAAGAAGAGGACGCCACGGAGGAAGACAGGCCAGCUGAGAAGCUCAGCCCACCGCAGCUGGAGGACAUGGCUUAGGGCAAGGGCUGCUGGCCUCGGAACUGCUCUUCUCCAGCCCUGCAGCCCUGCGGUGUGGCGAGUUCUCUCUGAGGCAAGGCCCAUGUCUGGCUUCUGCCACACCUCCCCACACCUCAGGCCCGCAAUUACCCCCACGACUCUAGAAACAGACCAAUUCUGUCCGUAGCUUUGGACCAUGCUGAGACAUCCUGGACAUACUCCCGAUCCAGCGUCCUCAGCCUCAGCCCAGCUUCCCUGCCUCCAAAGCCUUCUUGCUACCCCGACAUCGAGGUCCUGCUACGUCAUCCCUGAGAGACUCUUGUCCAAGCCUAUCCCUUAUUCUCUGCUCUCUAAGCCUUCCUCCCCAGCUUAGCCCCCUCAUGGGCGGCUGCGCCCACUGCUGUAAACCCAGCCCACAGCCGGGCAGAGCUGUGAUUGGAUUGAGGCCCUGCCUCGGUGUCCCGAGCACCCCAGCACUUUGCAGGCAGGCUUUUCCCUCUUCACCUGUUCCUUCUCGCAGACCUGGACCCUGGCUGGCUCCUGCUGUGUGAAUGCACAGCCGGGUCACGUGGGUCCUGCUGUGAGGAUGCACUGCUCAGCUGGUCCACGGUGUAACCUCUGCAUUCUCUGCCCUGCCUGCUGAUGGGCAGAUUCAAGUCUAAACAGGGCAACUCUCAGAUUGAGUCCUUCCCCAAACCUGUCUCACGCCGUGCUGUAGAUCAUCCUCAGGCCUUCUCCGCACCGAGCCUGCCCUACAUGUUCCUCCUUUGCAGAGGUGGGCCACACCACCUUGUCAGUGUCUAGGCCCUGCAGCCUGAGGGCGGGGCGCUUCUCGGCAAUGCUGUGGCUUGCUUUACUGCUGGUGAGCCCUCACCCAGAGCUUUUGCACCCCAGGGCCUGGGUGUCUGAAGCAUUUUGACCCUUCUGCCUAUGACUUUGACUUGCUAGUUAAGGCUUCUUUCUAGAGCUUCCUGUAGCCCAGUGGCUCUCAAGCUUCCUAAUGCUAUGACCUUUAAUACAGUUCCUUGUGUUGUGGUGACCACCCCCCCCCAACCUUUAAAUGUAUUUCAUUGCUACUUCAUAACUGUAAUUUUGCUACUGUUAUGAAUCAAAAUGUAAAUAUUUGAUAUGUGGAAUAUCUGAUUAUGUGACUUCCUCCAAAGGGGCCAUGGGGGUCAUGACCCACAGGUUGAGAACUGCUGUUGUAGCCCAUUGGUUCACAUGUGCCUGCUUUAGAGAAAAUGGGUGCAGCUUAAAAGCCCCGGACAUGGCCUCACUUUGACCUAGGCAGUCCUAAAAGGCCAAGCCAAAAUCAGACCCACGCUAUCUAUCUAUACACACACGCACACGCACACAUGCACGCAUGCACGCACGCUGUAUAACAUGAAAGGUACGGGGAAAGCUCAAAGAACAAGGCAGGUAGCUAGUAAAAAAACCAGACUAAGCUACAGACGCUCAUAGCUCCGUGCCAGCUGUAUGCCCAGAAAGGUGUCCAUAGAUAAGGAGCCAUGUUGGACUGAAUGCCUUCUGCCUGCAAAGGAGUGGCACUGUCCAUACUGAUGGCAUGUCUUCAGAUGUCCCUGUCUGCAGAUGUCUCUGUCUGCAGAUGCCCCUUCCACCUGGCUUUAUACAUGUACUAGGGGUGCAGAGCCUUCUGGGGUCCUCUGCUCCUGUAUUCCCAGGCCAACCACAAGACCCCCUUUAUCCUGUGAAGUUACCCCACCUACCACUUCACAAAAAAGGCCCGGGCAGUGAGUUGUGAUUUUAAAUCUGUUUUGACAGUUGAUUUCUUCUUCGUUCUCUUCAUAGACUUCUCCCGCUUCUGAGUUCUUAUCUUCUCCCGGGUUGAGAUGUUGACUAUAGUCCUGGUGUGUAAAUAGUGUACAUAAUGUGAGAAGGAAGAAGCUGGACACUGAGGUGUUCGAAACACUGAAUUGUCAUAACUUUUAGGUAUUCAAAGCAUAAUUUCUGUGCUGUUUUCUGUAAAGACACAAGCAAGAAUAAAAUUCAUGCAAAGACUGCUA